ACGCAGAGGAAUAGAAAAGACAAAGAAGUAGAUAGAAGCAGAGUGAAGUUAGAGAGGAGAAGAGCCGAUAAGAAUGGAGAAGUAUUUUGGAAAUGCAUACAGAGGAGACCCAGGAGUUCCACAUGCUGAACCGGACCGGUUCUUCAACAUAUGGAUUGGGUCUGCUGCUUUCUCUGUUAUGACCUUUAUCAAUCCCUACAUGUGGCACCUCAGUAAUCAGUUCAAUUGGCAUGACAAGGCAUUUCUAUUUGAGCAGUAUCACUGGAAAAAAGCUAUGAAGAAGAAUGAGCCAUACAAAUUUAAGUGGAAUGAAAUGGAUAGAGAGGUCCGGGACAAUUAUUAUAUCAACUGGCCCAUCUACUUCCCUUAACUUUCUGUUCCUUUAGUGGGAUCUGCAAAAAUACAACCAUGUUUCCUUACAAUGUGGUGUCUGUACUGGUGGUUUAAACACCUUGAAUUAGCUGGCGGAUUUUUUUUUUAAUUGAAGUUUGUUAUUUAUGAUUGUAUCUUUAAGUAGCCUUUCUACAUCUAUGUAGUGAGAAAGACAACCAUGCAAUAUAACAUAUGUAUUUAGUUUUAGAACAUGAAAUGAAACAGAUUACAAUAUGGUCUCAAGUA